CCGCUGUCCACAGCUACUUCCGGUAGGAGCCUCGAAGGAAUGGUCUCCGGGUAGAGGCAGGUAAGGGUGUCCCGGGCCGGUGGAGAAGGUAGAGCGGCCUCGCCUGGAAUCCGAAUCAGGACUUGGACCAGAGCCUUCCCUGAGGAUGCUGAAGCAACACCUUCUUUGGACUGAGUUUCUUCCAGAGGGAACCAAGAAGAGGAUUAAUUAAUACAUUCAAUUCUAAAAUAAGCCAUGGCCCAUGAGUUGGUGAUGUUCAGAGAUGUGGCUAUAGAUGUCUCUCAGGAGGAAUGGGAAUGCCUGAACCCAGCGCAGAGGAAUUUGUACAAGGAGGUGAUGUUGGAGAAUUAUAGCAACUUGGUGUCACUUGGUCUUUCUGUUUCUAAGCCAGCCAUAAUCUCCUCAUUGGAGCAAGGGAAGGAGCCCUGGAUGGUUGUGAGGGAAGAGACAGGAAGAUGGUGCCCAGGUACAUGGAAAACUUGGGGAUUUCACAAUAAUUUCUUGGACAAUAAUGAGGCUACAGACAUAAAAGCAGACUUGGCAUCCAGAGAUGAGCCCCAGAAGUUACCUCCAAAAAGUGAUAUUUAUGAAACAGAAUUAUUCCAGUGGGUUAACAUGGAGGAAUUUAAAAGCCAUAGUCCUGAGAGAUCAAUUUUCAGAGAUAUCUGGGAAGGCAACUGUCAUUUUGAGCAACAUCAGGGACAAGAGGAGGGUUAUUUUAGACGACUUAUGAUUAACCAUGAAAACAUGCCCAUUUUUAGCCAACAUACUUUACUCACUCAAGAAUUUUAUGAUAGAGAGAAAAUCUCUGAAUGUAAAAAGUGUAGAAAAAUCUUCAGUUACCAUUUAUAUUUUAGUCACCACAAAACUCAUUCUAAAGAACUUUCCGAAUGUAAAGAAUGCACGGAAAUUGUUAAUACACCAUGCGUUUUUAAACAACAGACAAUUCAAAAUGGUGACAAAUGCAAUGAGUGUAAAGAAUGUUGGAAGGCCUUUGUUCAUUGCUCACAACUUAAACAACAUCUAAGAAUUCAUAAUGGUGAAAAACGCUAUGAAUGUAACGAAUGUGGGAAGGCCUUUAAUUAUGGCUCAGAACUUACUCUACAUCAAAGAAUUCACACUGGUGAGAAACCUUAUGAAUGCAAAGAAUGUGGAAAGGCCUUUAGACAGCGAUCACAGCUUACUCAACAUCAGAGACUUCAUACUGGUGAAAAACCCUAUGAAUGUAAGCAAUGUGGGAAAGCUUUUAUUCGUGGCUUUCAACUUACUGAACAUCUGCGACUCCAUACUGGUGAGAAACCUUAUGAAUGUAAAGAAUGUGGAAAGACUUUUAGGCAUCGCUCACAUCUUACUAUACAUCAGAGAAUUCAUACUGGUGAGAAACCCUAUGAAUGUCGGGAAUGUGGGAAGGCCUUUAGCUAUCACUCAAGCUUCUCGCACCAUCAGAAAAUUCAUUCUGGCAAGAAACCUUAUGAAUGUCAUGAAUGUGGGAAGGCGUUUUGUGAUGGCUUACAACUAACCCUACAUCAGAGGAUUCAUACUGGUGAGAAACCCUAUGAGUGUAAAGAAUGUGGGAAGACUUUCAGACAGUGUUCACACCUCAAAAGACAUCAGAGAAUUCAUACUGGUGAGAAACCUCAUGAAUGCGUGAUAUGUGGUAAGGCCUUUAGACUUCAUUCACACCUUAUUCAACAUCAAAGAAUUCAUACUGGUGAGAAACCCUAUGAAUGUAAGGAAUGUGGGAAAGCCUUUAGCUAUCAUUCAAGCUUCUCGCACCAUCAGAGAAUUCAUUCUGGAAAGAAACCUUAUCAAUGUGGGAAGGCGUUUAAUCAUGGAUUACAACUUAACUUACGUCAGACUCUUCAUACUGGUGAGAAGCCAGUCAGGUUUCCUCUCCUCCCUCCCCAUCCUAGUCUAGCAUGAAAUUUGUUGAUGGAAAUAUACAUUGUCUUUGUUUUAUUUAAGGAAAAUGUUGGUAAGCCACCAUGUUUCAUUAGUAUUGAUUUAUUUAGGUAAUCCUUGAAAAUCAAAUGUUUUUAAGUGAGAAAAUGGAAAACUAAUUAAAGUGUAAAUUUUGCUUUCAUUUUAAUGCUGUUUCUGAGUUACUGUAUUAACCGUUAUUGAGAAUAAAUUUUCUAAAAUUACAUGUUUCACUGAAACCAGUGAAAUAUAGCAUAAAUAAAAUGAAAACAAUUUCCUCUCCUCCCACAAAUCUCUGCAAUAACCAGUAUGUGUAUUUCUUCUUCCUUUAUGCUCAAACAGCCUGUACACAGAAAGUGUUUGUUGCAUGUGUUUGGAGGAGAUUUUACCCCCUAUACGGACAUUUGACAGCAUCUUGUCCUUUUCACAAUAAUCAUGAAUACUUUUCCAGGUCAGUACAUAAAGAUGUAACCCAUUCUUUGUAAGGUUCAGAAUAUUUCUAGAAUGGAAUGUGUCUGUAUUUUGAGCCAUUACCUACUACAGACAUUCAAGUUGUUUCUAAUGUUCACCUGGAACUCUAGUUUUACCUUCUUUUGUUUCUGUUGUGCAGAUUCCCAACAGUGGGAUUAAAGAGUAUCUGGCGUAUGUA